AUGGAAGGACAUGAACGGAAGAAUACUACUAUCCUAGAUGCUUUCAUGGAGUUCUACUACAGGGUCCCCCGCCCAAACAUGAUUUUUUCCGUCAUUGGGGAUUCUGACAACUUAAUUCCGAAACAAUGGCCGAAAUCACGAUUUCAGCAAUGUUUGACCUAUGCUGCCAAGGCUGCAGGGGAUUGCUGGAUAUUGAGUAAGGGAGAGCCCCUAACAGUCUCUAAAAUAGUCCGAGAGAUGGUGGAAGAGUACAUUUAUCUAGAAAAACCGGUCCGUAAAGACCUCCGACUGAUAUCAAUCCCUUCUAAACCUGUCAUGGGCAUGGGCCUCUUAUUUGAUUUGCCAGAAGUCCUAGAAAAUGAUAAAAACCAGAACAAAAAGAAAAAGACCUCACCAUUAGAGACAGGUUGGGAUGACAGUUUUUAUGUUGACUUGCCUAUCCCUUCUGACGGUGAAGACUACCUGGAGUUUAGGUUCGAGCUGGAAAGGACUCUGGAGAGACCUGCAGAUCACGAAAGGAAUGCCUUAGUAUUAAUUCUGGUGGAAGGCGAUUUGUCGGCUGUGGACCACGUCAAGCUAGCCAUUGAGGAUGGAAUACCUGUUGUGUUUAUAAAAGGAACAGGCGGGCUGGCGGAUCUCUUGUCUAUCACUAUGGAAAUGUUGAAUGAUAAAAAGACUUUGGAACUGAGAACAGUGCUUCCAACCUUGUUCGGAAUUGAACUGGAGAAUUCAGAGAUUGAGGAACUUGACCGAAGCUUGAGAACUAUCUUUAAAAAAUCAUAUUUACUUGAUGCCUUUGAUGUCUUCGUAAAGAACGAGGAACAGUUUGCGGCUUCUGUUGGGGAGUUGGUACAGAAAUCCUGGUUCUUAGAAAACACGGGUCUUUCUGAGGAUAAACACGUCAAAGGGAACAGUGAGAGAUCACACUUAUUUAAAUGA